UCUCCCUGGAAGGUUUUUUUUAUUAUUAUUUUCAUUCGGGCUCGCGUCGCUUUUGUUGUCGGUGGAACAUCCAUUCCGUCUCCUCCUCCUUCCCUCCAUGCUGCCCAUCAACGAAGACCUCACGAUAAUGGAGAGAAGUGUUCCAUCGUCUCUCCACCGAGCGAGCGAGAACCCCGCCGCGGAUCCUGCCGCCGACGCCGACGCCGACACCGCCGUGCUCGCAGGGCCAGAGCCCGCGUCGGCGAACGGGCCCGUCAAGAUGAGCAUCCCCCGCAACCUGAGCUACGUGUCGGACCUCUUGGAAAAGAUGCACUUCUCCAAUGAGAGCUCGGCGCUCUGCGCCACCAAAGAGGAGUGUGAUGGCAGCGGCCCCGCGGCGGCGGCGGCCUCCAACGGGCCCAGCGGCGGCCACGGCGGUGGGGACGCGGGGCUCGCGCAGGGCCCGUGCAGCACUUGGGCAGAGAUGCACGCCUUCGGCCGGCCGUGCGACUACAUCAUGAUGGACAGCCCUGCGUCGCUGCCGCUUCUGCGGCGGCGCGCCAAGUCACUACCCCCACCAUCGGUGCGCGCUAAGCAGGCGGCAGCGGCGAGCGGCACGGUGACGCCAAACACGCGCAAGCGCGUGCGCUUCGCCGACUCGCUGGGGCUGGACCUCAUCAGCGUGCGCCACUACAGCAGCAGCGAGGAGGUGUCCAUCCCGAACCGCGUGCUCUCCCAGCUGCGCCGCGGCAGCGCAAGCGGCAGUGUGCCGCGCUUCGGCUACAGCCAGCGGAUCGAGAGCCGCUUCCUGGAGCCACAGUUUCAGCAGCCGGGCACGACGCCGGACUUCUUGGAGCACGUGCGGUCACAGAAGGUGUCCCUCGAGAGCCUGGUGGUCACGUCGGAGCUUGGGCUGCAUGGUCUCAUUAGGGUGCUCAACCUGCACUUUGAGAAGUUUGUGUCGGUGCGCUAUUCACUCAAUGGCUGGGCGACGCAGCAAGAGGUGGUGGCGACGUACGUGCCGGGUUCGAGCGACGGCCACACGGACAAGUUCGGCUUCUCCAUCAACACGCCGCCCUUCAUGGAGGCAGGUGCGCUGAUACAGUUCGCCGUUUUGUUCGUGUCCAAGGAUCAGCAGUACUGGGACAACAACGGCGGCGCCAACUAUGUCGUGCGGUGCCACUGCCUCAAGCUGUCUCCGCCGCGGGACUACGAGGACUCGUGGAUUCACUACAUCUAGGACCCCCCCCGACGGAUUUGCGGGGUCACUUCCACGUGUGAACGUGCGCAUACGCACUCAUAGGAUGCGAGGCGAGGCACACGGAGGCGACGCGAGGGCACCGCUCGUGAAUCGUCGAUUGAAGGCCACCGCGAGCACCGUCGUCAAUUCAGCCGUAGCCUCCAUGCACCGGGCGGCCGUGCCGGUCACAGCUAAGGGGCCAUCAGUGGCAUCGCACGCCUCACCGCCCUCUUCCCCUGCCUUUCUCUUGAGCACCCCAAGGAGGGCGACCCAGACUGAGGGAAAAUUAUCCAACAGGGCCAAGGUGGAUUUGAGGGGCCUGCUAGAGAUUUGGGACGCAAGGAAGGGACGAUGGGAAGGGGUUCUUUUUCAGCGUAAUGGAAUUCGAUAAUGGCAGCAUAACUUUUGGGUUUUGAGUAUUGAUCACCUGGGUCCAUUAAACAUUUUUAUACUGACGCUUUGGAGAUUUGCUCACAGCCGUUUGUGUAAGGUGGUUAAUUGACCCCAUGGUUUUAAAUUGUUAACUCUAUUGCACGUGAAAAAUAGUAAUCGGUCAGACAAAAGGAAGUAAACUGCUAAACUGCUGCAGUUGGCAUGUGCCCAUAGGAGGUAACACAGACCAGGGUGGUCCGGUUGUUGGGUCCUAGAGGUAAGAGUCGCGAAUGAAACGCAUCGAGUUCUGCAGUGUGUGGCGUUUUGUCGCUUUGACAGCGACAACGAUGAUGAUUAUUCAUGGGCAGUGUGGUGCUUGUUGCGGCGCCUGUGUGAUUGUGGGGUCGGGUUGCGUGUGGACUGUGACUGUUGGCUUAGGAGGAGGCAUAGGGCAGGCAACGAUGUUCAUUUAAGGGCAAGGGUGGGGAAAUUCACUCACCCAGAUAGGGUGAAAACUGAGGUCAAACUGGGGUUAAUAACGGGCGUAUUGUACCAUGUUCGGGGAGCAUGAGUGUUGGUGAACAUUUCUUCGUAAUAUCUACGUGCAUCAUCAGAAUUACCAUUUUCAUCAUUUAAGAUCCUCGCGACCUAUCAACAUCAAGCAAAUUAUCAUUGCUAGGAGUGUAACGACAUUUAUUGAUAUUUGUUUUUAAGGCUCCCCAUCUAAGUGUUGAAUUGCAUAUUUAGGAAUUGUCAUCGGCCAUGAUCGAGCCACUGCUGGAUGAAGGCCUCCUAAGCCGUCCUUAUUUCUCCACCAUCUUGCGAUGCAACGGUCCAUUGUCCCCCCAUCUCCAUAGUUGACGUCCUCUCGGGCGUUUUCUCCGUUGGCUGCGACUCUGACGUUAGGCUCGACCUCCGGCCAUCAUUCCAAUUAGUGACAAGUCCUGGCCAAGCCCGUUUACUUUUUCAUUUAUCAAUAUGGUGCCUCUAACAUGCAUUAUCUCUCUAAUCUGUGCGGUUUAUUUUUUGUGCCACACAGUGUAACUAUAAGCAUGCACCUUUCCAUGCUUCUGUGCACGUUUCAGCAUUUGUUCUGCUGUAUCAACGUCCAUGUUUCUGAUUCACAUGUUGUGUUACUCAUAUUGAAAUUACGUGCAAAUGUUACGUUUUGGAAUAAUGGAGUGAACAAGAUAAUACCAGCGAGACAGUAAAAACGACGCAUCGCAUAAUAAGUAAUAAGUUAUUGAGUAAAAUCUAAUCUCAGCCCUGAUUCACGGCAAGUCAUUGCAUCUCCUGGAUGGAGGUAAACCAUUGCAACCCUAAUGAUCAAUGGAAAUCGCCAAUAUCAGCUGCAGCAGUGCAAAAUCAACAAUUUCAUUAUUAUUAGGAGCUGCAUUGGUAAUGAAUGCAGUGCUGAGUGAAAGCAUCACCCGUUCUGUAUAGCUCCAAUUUAUCUCCCUCUGUCGUGUGCGCCUUACAUGUUUUUUUAUGUAUUUUGUUUUCCGUUCUUGGAAUUUACCCAUACCUAUGUGCUUGCUGAUUCUGUGCUCGAGAAAAUGUAUGUUUCCUUCACGUGUGUGUUUGUUAUGUUCAGUUGUGAGAGGGUGUUUGUGUGCGUCCACGUGUAUUUAUGUGUGUAUGUAUGUGCUUGUGAUGGUGAGUACGUGGUAUGUUCUUGCAUUGUAUUCUGUAGUAACACUGGUCUGGGUGUAUGUUUUGGGUGUGCUUGUUUGUACUGAAACUCGCCAGAUCAGUUAUUGUCAGCUAUGUUCCUGCCCAGGCAUGCAGUGCUCUGUAAUUUCCACCAAAGUUAAGCCUAGAAUUGACAUUUCGUCUUUUUCUUAGUAUUUUUGUCAUAUUUUAAGAGUCAUUUAAAUUUCAUAUGACGUAGCCUAAUUAAUUAUCGCGAGAUUGUCGACACAACUGCUCCAUCUGCUAACGCUCCAUUUGGAUGUGAGCUCUAAUUUUGUACCCGUAUUGUUCUCAAUGCUACACUGGCACUUGCCCUACGACCUUGGCAACUUGAUUAUAUACUGGGACCUUACAAGAGAAACUGUACGAGCUGUGACGCGAGUCGGAUACAUUUGCCUGUGUGUGAACCACUGCCGAUCCCGAUGGCCACAUUUCCAAGGCUUGCAUCCGGCUAUUCCAAGAGACCCACGCAGCGUGUGCGUGCCAAAAUUUGGGUGAUAUCAGAUGACCCUGCACCGCCUUAGAAGGGUGACCGAAGGACACCUCCUUCUUGCUGGACGAGAGGGAGCUGCGUUUAGCACCCUGCAGUGCGCACUGUGGACUUGAGUGACUGCUCUGACAUUUAGCGGCCAUCGCAGAGGAAUGCUUUUAAAACGAGCCACGCUGCUAUGCUGGGUGUGGGGAGAGGGGUGGGGGAGGUGGUGGGGGUGGGGUGGAGGCUGCCUUGAAAAGCUCAUUCCAUCACCUUGUGAAUGGCAGAGGUAAAAAAAGACAAAGUUACAACUGGAUGAUUGGCAUCUUUUUUUUUAAACGUCCGCGGAUGCGCGGUGGUGGAGGUGGUUUGGGGGCACGUGGAGAAGGCGCACGCCGGACAACUGCUGUAGUUUGAAAAUGUUGCGCGUGUUCAUCCGGGAAAACGCACACACGCUUUUACUGCGCGGCGGCAACGAGGGAGACUGCGCCGGUAUUCGGAUAUGUUUGACAAUGCACCGACGAGCGACUGAAGUUUAACUCGUUUUCUGGCAACAUAACGCCAUGCAAACAACUGUGUUUGAACGUACACUGAGAUGUAACAGCGCACACACACGCACGCGUGUGCACUGUAUGUACACAAGCUGUCAGCCUUAUCCAGACCACCAGCUGCAAAUAAAUGAAUGUGUGGAUAUUUUGUCGUUUAGACAACCAACUGUUAGAGUUGACAAAAUGUGGCCAUUCCAACAUAUGCCACUUCGGAGCUGGUCUUCUGAAUGAGGCCGAGUGCUUUCGUACGCACAACGCUGCACACCUUUGUGUGUGUGUUUUUAUAUGCUUGUUUCCAGCCUGCAUUAAUUGUCCUAUUGUGAUGGGCUUUCUCGUAGUUUUGCAGUUGCGAUUAAGUACACCUACAAGCUCAGUUUAGUGUCUGCGAGCUCGGAGCUUUAAAAUGUGCAAACACUGUGUUCACCUGAGAGGUGAAAGUGGAAUAAACACUGCACAAUGAGCAGCAGCCUGUACACUGGGGCUUUUUCAAAUGUAAGAACAUUUAAUCAAGCGAACACGAGCAUUGCGACUUGAGAUAGCGUGUGCAACGGUACCGUAGAGGAGAUGUGUGCAGAGCAGCUUGCACGCUCCUUUUCUAUAAUUUACAGAAUAACAGUCUUUUAGCCCUGCGCUGUUGGGAGUGCGCUACAGUGCACGACAUCUGGAGGGAUUGGAGAAAUGUCACCAUCGAUCGGCCAACUUAUUGUUCGGCAUCUUUAAUGGAAUUAAUUGGCUGCGUCGCACUGUUGUGCCAUCAAUCAAGGGAACUGUGUUCUGAAGAGGGAACUGGUUGAGUCGGGGAGGGAGGGGGUUAAAACCUGGGGUCAUAACGCUGCUAUUCACCACUGCCGACCAUCUGUCUUCUCGUGCUCUACGGAGAUUCGCUAUUCCAAUGCAAAUUAUCUGCUGAUGUAUCGCUCACAGCUGUUGAUGGCAAAAAUCGAUCGGUGGUAUUUAUUCAGAAGUUGGGUGACGGUCCUUUCAUUCUUUCUUUCAGUUACGUUUUCUCGUUAUGCAAGGGAGACUUCGGUUUUACCCUCCAGAAAGGGUCCCUAACAAAUAUGUGAAACAGAAUUUUACUUUCAAAUUUGGUAUCCGGACUAUGGCAUGGGCACAACAAGGGCCGCAUCGGUAUUUGAUUUUUGUGAGUGACAUCACAGAUUUGAAGCUCGAGGCUCCGUUUCGUACGUUGCCAGAAAGCAGUUUUCCGUGGACCUGGUAGGAAACUGCCCAAAUUGACAGAGCAUUGCAUAGGUCUGGCCGUGUUUCCACCACAUAUUUGCAGAAACUAGCUUAACCACAACACAAUGGGCAGCAAAAGGAUCGUGGGAUAUGAGUUGCUGAGUUAGGCCCCUUGCUGAAAGAGACACGGCUAUGUGAAUUGUUGAACACAAAUGAACAUGGCUGCUGCAACCUCAGGAGAAUGUAAAUCUACUACCAGUUCAUAAAAAAUUUAAAAAUAUCUUUUUACUUGAAAAAUUACUUACAACCCCUUUGUCAACCCCCUGCUGGAUGAAGGCUUCCCCACGCUCGGUUGGUCAUAGGGUUCCCUUUGACCGUUACCUCAUGCUGGUUUGUGAAGGGAAGGCAACUACUGCUUCAGAUAAUCGCUCAUCACUGAUGUUAGCCGUGGCCCGGCAGAAAACUCUGGUCACCAGCUUCAUAGCGCAGUGCGCAAACCACUGCGCCACUGCUUUGGCGCGGUAUGCACUGCACUCUAUCCACCCUUUUCCCUGUCCCAUAUUUAUUUUAUGUCUCUUUAAAUUGCGAGCCAAGUGAGAAGUUUCACUUCAGGAGUUCCACGACUCUGUGCAACAGUUCCUUAUUUCCGAUGGAGAAAGCUGACCCUGCACAGUUGCUUCUGAGUUCACGUAAACCUUGGUCUGUACACGCCGCUUCUGAAUUGGUGCUGUCUGACAAACUACGGGUUUACAGCUUUACACACCUUAAGCAAUUAAAUGAAAAUGCAGAGAGAGCUCCGCAGAGCGACAGUGGAUGGGAGCAGUAGUACUAAGCCACUUGCUUUCCUUGAGAUGAGAUUGGCUUGGAAUGGUCACAUCACUGAGCUUGUUUCAAUGUGUGCUGUGAAAUGAGUAAAACUGUACUGCAGUCUGUGGUUGCCUUCUGGAGAGACUGGCCACUACCAGGGGAAUGUGGAGUUUUUAUAUAUGGCUGGCUUGAACCUCCCAAGAGAGUUUAAGACUGCCUCAUUGAUCAGGGAGACACAUUUAUGUCAUUUUAGUUUAUGAAAAUAGAUUUUUGGGUUAGGCCUUGUUAACAGAAAUACAUGGAUCAUUAUUGGCUGUAAAAAGCUACGUGUUAAAUUGUUGUCCAUGUAAACACUAUUGAUUACUGCUUUUUGGGAAGUCAGCAAUGGUCUAGUGCAUCAAUUGGCCCCUGUCUUGAUAAUGUGCAAUUUCCACCACUGGUCCAGGGCCACCAACAGAGAUGAGCACUGACCAGUAGUUAUGUGAGUCGGGAGUAUUUUUGUUUCAUAAUAUCAUGUGGAUAAAAGGUAUUCUGCAUAUAACUUAAUAAUACUUCAAGGUGCUCGGGAAAAAAAUACGAUCACGCUCUGACUGGAUGUUAAACAUUAAACACUGGACAGGGUGAAAUCUAUCUCAUUUGAACGACAGUUGGUGGUUAGAGAGAAGCGGAAAGAACACUGCAAGGACAUAUCAGUAAAGGAAAUGGUCAUGCCCCCAACAGGCCUCAAGGCCAAAGGACUAUAUAAGUAGAUGAAUUGAUAUGCUCUAAUCGAAAUUGAAUAUUGCAAUUGAAAACAACAACAGUGACUGCAGGUGUACCCAGCAUGUGCUUGGUAAGAGAUACACUCAUGAUGGAGUUGGCCUGGGAGUCAUGGGACCUAAUGCAUCUGUCAAAGCAUCGAGCCACCUCCUUUUACCGGCCUGGGUUGAACCCCAGGGGGCCACAUAGAGCGGAAUUAAUUAUCACGGUCGGUGAGCUUUAUAAUAAUGAUGACAUUUUUUCUAGCACCGUAACGUGGAAAGCCAUCACAAGGGCACUUGGUCACGAAUUCCAAAGUCAAAAUGUCUCCCUCAAACACACAUAGGGCGGCACUGCCCCUCAGUUGGUGGCCCUGAGCCAGUGGUGAAAAUGUAACGUUCCUAUGGCAGGAUACUGUAGAGCACGAUCACUGAUGACUGCACAAAACAGUUGAAUAUUAUAUUUGUGCUGGAAUUUGUCGCGGCCAGCUCUUGAGGGUCUACCAGUGUCGGACACAAAAGGGAAGUCCAUAAGAAACGAAACAUAAUGGAGCGACGUCCUCGCAAUGUUAUGCUGAUAGUACAAUUGGUGUGUAAUUGAGUAGAGAGUCAAAUAACAAUUUUUUUGAAAUCCUCGACAAUAAUUUGUGCAGUUUAAUGACGGCCCAUUUGUAAAUGCCUCGCGGAGGUCGGAGAUACCCACUGAGAUCAGAACUUCACACUCGGGAUAAUGAAAUUAUGUGCACGCCGUGGGUGAAUUCCCAAGCCUGGAGGCGCGCCGGCUUAUUUUAAUUUUUGUCGUUAUUUAAGUCCCCCCCCGCCACCACCACAGUACUAGUACCUUAAUAACCUACUUUUAAAAUAACACUUUCGUCAAUAACAAUGCCUUCAAAGAAUAUAUAUAAUCUUGAUUUGAAGCUUUCGUGACUGCAGGAAUCCAUACUCUUUGGUUCUUUCGGUAAAGUCAUGUAGGUAGAAAAUAAAAUAAAUCACGUUUCGGACGCUUGUGUUGCGCCCGAAACGGCGUGAUUUAUUUUAUACCUACGUGACUUUACCGAAAGAACCAAAGAGUAUAAUAUAUAUGUAAUAAGAGACAUUUUGUACAAUGGCCCUUCAUAUGCUACAAAGGGCCAUUUACCACAACUCCGCCAAUUGUAUAUAUUUUUUUCCCUUAUAAUAUGAAGAACCAUUGCCGGAAACGUUUUUUUUCAGGCAGUGUUAUUGGCGAAUAUGAGGCGUUUUGUUGUUUAUUAAUUAUGCUUGUGCACCACUGCCAACGCAGCAGGAUCACCAAAUAAUUUUUUUACAUGUGUUUUGUUGUUGUUAAAGGCACUCUCUGACGUGCAUCACCAUUUAUGGGAUGAGUGAUACCGGGGGAGGAGCGGCCCCCGUGGUGCCUAUUGACAGCCUCCUGGGUUGGCUGUGUUGAUGGUUCGUUUUAUGGCCCUUGUCCCGCUAAAGUUAUGCAGGAGGACGGGACGUGGGUUCGAUCCCGACCCAUGACGCCUGCUGAUUAUUUAGAGUUCGCAUGUUCGCCCUGUGGUCGCGAGGUUUUUUCUCCGGGUCCUCCAGUUUUUCCCUUCACAUUUAGAACCUGCAUUUAAGAGUAUUUGGCUGAUAUAUAUGUCCACGUGAUAAGCCACUUCUUUGAGCUAUCAUUUGUGACCAGGUCGCUUUUGAAAAAGAGCUAUAUAGCUCAGUGGGCCUUACCUGGUAAGAUAGACAAUAGUAAAUAGUUUAAGCAGUGCACUCUUUCUGCAAGAAUGUUUAAGUGUCUAGUUAAUCGGUUUCAUGUGGAGAAGCUAGGUGGAUUAUUCUCAGGAUUGUGAGAGAUGGUGGUGGCUCAGGCAGGCCUUCAACCCAGUAGGGGAUUGAUCAUAGCUAACUAUGAUUAUGAUGAUGGGAGUGUGUGUUUGUGUUGCUAUAUUUAUCGUGGGUGGCAUCAAGAGGAGAAAUAAUGUUGCAUCUGUUCCGGAACUCGCAGCAACUUUGUUGCAAAAUCUGGAAAAGGCUCCGUGUUGCCAUGGCCAACAGCGACGUGAUUGGCUGCGUGUGGUCACGUGGGAUGGAUAGGGUUGUUAUGACAACACAAAGGCAAAGAUAAAUAUGGCAGCGAAUGUUAAAGCAUGCAGGUGUUAACUAUUAAUAAUGUACUUGAUAAAUAGAUCUGUAUGAUGGUAAAUAGUACACUCAUAACUUAUGCAUAAUUUCGUAUUUAACUUGAUUUAUGUAAAAUUCCUUCAUGUUUUAAUACAGUUCAUUAUUUGACCUGGCUCAGGUUGUAGCUGAUUACUAACAAACUCUCCCAAUGAGAUGCGGUUAGGGCAGGGGUGGCACCCUGUGGGUCCAGAGCCGCAUGCGGCUCUUUGAAGGACUCCUUCGUGACGUUAUUUAUUAACUACCACCGUCUCAUUCACAUGCAUUGCAGCUCUUUAAAUAUAGAGGUUUUUUACCAAAUUUGAAAAAUAUGGCUCUUCUUAUUGUGUUUUCCGACUCCUGGGUUAGGGUCCAUCGGUGAUCAUAUUCAUAGCCGGGGGGUAGCUGUAACCUUCAACUGACAAUGGGCAAGGAACCGCGUCAAAUUAAGGAGCGUUGUUCAACGAUAUUGACUUUGGUGUCCCUAACCUGAUGAGCAACAAGAGCACGUGGAUCAGGGAACAAACACAAACCAGAGACGUCACAUUGACAAGAGGAGUAAAUGGGCUCGGUAGGACACAUCGCCGGACAGAAUGAUGGACGAGGCUAGUGGAUGAGGCCGGAUUGGCAUCCAAAAAAGAGAAUGCAUCCAAGAAGGCGACCCUCUGCGCAGAUGGAGCAAAGAGAUCGGUUCAUGUGUAGGAGUGAGAUAGGUGGUAGCAGGACGAGACCGUGUGGGAUGGCAACGGCGUGGAAAGGCCUUCAUCCAACAGUGGCAUAGACAAUGGCUGAUGAUGAUGACGAAUAUGUUGAGAGUUCGGCGAUGGAAACUUCUCCGUGUGGCACACUUGGGCGGUGGAAGCGUAAUGGAAACGCCUCGCACUGUCGUUAGAGUGUCCCACUCGCGAUCAGAAGGUCAAGGGUUCCAAUUCCGGUCGGGGUGUGGUUGGAUUGUCAUUGUCAUCCCUUCUGGUUGGUUAAAAUUAAUAGUACCACUUUUAUGAAAGUAAACAGCAGUUCUUCGAAUACACUGGUCCCCUGUCGUAGGAAUGUGGAAUUUCCACCACUGGCUCAGGGCCGCCAUUGAAGAUGACACUUGGACGUUUAGCUGUCGGAAGGUGAAAAUCACCCGGUUCUCUUGUCAGGACAAUCGAGUUACCAUGGACUCAGCGUGUUCUGCGUGUACACAGGGUGGGUGGAGAUUCUGGACCUCGGACAAAGUUGCGAGAGACGGUGCCUAGGGGACGUUUGAGUUGCGAGAAUUGCUUGGGCACAGGGAGGGGGAGCAUUCUGCGAGAGAGAGAAAGAGACGGCUAGCACUGUACAGUGUGGCAUGUGCGGGUGAAUGAGCCUCGGUAUUAUUUUUAUACGUAAACACGCACGUGAUGAACACGCAAGCACGCAGCCAAAAAAACACCGGACACGGGGAUGCGCGCACGUGCACCCUAGCAAUGCUCUGCGAAAAUCACCGAGUCCCCAGAGUGGUUGUCUCGUGGCUUUGCCGGCGUUGCGUGCGAGCAUUUGGUGUCGUGGGUUUUUUUCCCCCCUCACAUUGUUUGGCCGUAAUACAUUUUGCUAUCACUUGACCGGGAUUCCCAUUGGCUGGACGCACGUGUUACGACCCUCUUUUAUGGGCCUCGCCAGUGACUCGACAUUUCAAGUUAUUGUACACGUACAGCAAAGGGGCUGUUGUCUGGUACAGCCUUAAGCAAUAUGCGCACCGGCGAGACGAGCGGCCGUUCGACUGGCACUGCGCAAUGAGAAUGUCCAUUAGCUCAGGGUCCGUUAAGGGUAGCGAGAUGGCCCCAGAUGCAUUUCAACCUUAGGUAACACAUCUCACUCUUUGCCUUUGGAUUAUUAUGCAAUAAUAAGUCAGGGAAGGCGAUUUUGUUGAAGUCACUUGAAGGAAAUAACAUUCUAUCCAUCAGCCUGUUGGUUCUUUUUCCACGUUGAUGUUUGCCAGUAGCAUUUGUUUAUAAGUUGAGAAUUUUGGACCAGUUUCAUCUUCGCUCUCUUUACAUCCCUCUGCCUCUGUCCACCCAGCAGUAUAAAAUUGGUACGCCACAAUUAAGUUGAUUUUGCAGAUCGUGUGUAGAGGGUUAAAGUGUGGGUACUAUCCCGCCUUCCAAGACGUCCGGUCAGCCAGCGUGGAAGAGUAAGCCAAAUACCCUCUAGGCCCCUCCCCCUGUAGUAGAAUCUCAUCGGCAAGGUGUGCAUGCUGAUUGGCCUCUUUGUGCAAAGCCUGCUUUCGGUUGGCGAUCUGACCCGCAGUCUUCGCCCGAUCCAGAUUGGCUGUAGCGCUGCGUGCAUUUGAUGUCACGAUUGUGAUUUAUUUAUUCGCGUGUCUAAAAUAUCCGCGUGCGUGGGCCAUGGCGGAGACGCUCGCAUCUUGAAUGUCCAUCCUCUGGCCUGCCGGCAGAACGCCAAUCUUAUUACUACUUACUGUAGUGGAGUCGAAAUAAAACUUUCAUGGGGAAGUGAAGCCGUGCAGUGUUCAUGCCUUAGAGCAGAGCGUAAAUCUCAUGAAUAAGUGAUUGGGCUCGCGUUGUGCCCAUCACCACUGGGACAUCUUUCGGAUGAAAACAACGAGCAGUCGACAGUGAGGACCGUCCUUUCUCUUGAGUGCUUCCUGCCGAAUGCUUUACAAUUUUUUUUGCAAUGAAAUAGAUGGAAAGAUCUGCAGCCUUUCAGGCUUUAAGUAGGAGCCAAGUUAGGCUCUCUGCUGCAUGCUUUAGCAUUUAAUUAUAAGUGCGGUAGUGCUCUCGACUGUCUCUGGACAUCAGAAUUAUUGUCUAUCGAAAGUGGUGAGCCAGGGACGAAUUUAAGUGACUCGAAUGUGCAGAACAACGGAUGCACGAAUGGUACAGGCUGGGGACAUUCCCGCAGUAGGUCUCAUCUGCUGUAUACAAAGUACAAGUGUAGCCCUGCAAUUGCUUGCUCUACAACUGUUGGCGGAAGGGCCUCCGUUCAAGGGAGCUCUUGGCCGACUCUUCUAUGUUGUCCAGAUGUAUUAGACGACGAUCUGCUCGUCUUGUUUAGCAAAACAUCACAUAGGCCCAGGGCGAAGGGGCUACACAGUUUUCAGAGGGUCGUGAAAGGAAACGGUUUACAGUCAACGUAAACCGUUUUUUUAUGUUGAAUGACCGAGACAAAAAGUCUUGGUGCCUCCCUACGCAAACUACCAUAGGGUGGUACUCAUCUUGUAUUAGCUGCCCUGAACAAUUGAUGGAGAUUCCACAUUCUUGGCCAGGUCCAGUCUCUCAACAGGACGACCACCAUUGAUGACUUUGCACAUAGUGCUCAUUUUAUCGCCAUUGGACGAAUGAUGGGGUUGAGUCAACCUUCAGCUUAUUGUAUCUCGGGUGCUUUGCCACAGCGCUUCGUAUGUGUCGGCAAAUUGCAAGAAACUACAAUUUUAAUACAGUGGCUUCAGAGCGUUUGCAACGUGAGAGUGUCUUGCAUAAGUAGAGGCAGAUUUGUGGACUGAUGUUGAAAUGUGGCACUCACUCGGGGCGACAGUUUUCCAUGAACUUGAGCAGCCCGUUUGCGCCUCGUCGUGUUGUGCCAUCAUAACGGUGACUGCCGAGAACUUGUUGCGAGAUUUCGCAGGAACGAAACGCUCGCUGGUGCCGCGCUGGUUCCGCGCUGCUGAAAACGUCUUGCGCAUUGCUCGUCACACGUCACACUCGCUUGGCCAGUUUUGUCGACAGACGCGACCGGGUUGCUACUUCCCCCCCCAUCUGGAAAUAGCGCCGUGUGUGUUUGUACCGCGCGGUCAGUCUGGUUUCCAAGGUGAAGCACGUACUCGUGCCCGCUGGUAAUGGUGCCUCUCCCGCUAACAAGGUCCAUUAGCGCAAUCCGGACAGCAUUUACAAACGGCUGGGGGCACGGCGAUCUGAUUGGGUGACGUGGCGAGAUCGCGGCGGGGAAAAGUUGCGAGCAUUCCUAGGAAUAGUGUGAGCCGGGCAGCAAUCAGUAUCUGAAAAUGUGCUGAUUGCUAUUACUGGCCUGAUCUUAUUAGACUGUUUCUUGUGUUACCUUCGUGAGCGAAUUUGUGUGAAGUUAGGGCGUGCGUAGGCGCGUCUGGGUGCAAGUCGUUCGGCGUGGCAGGGAUUUCUGCACGGAGCAUUCGUCUUGUACCGAUCAGGGUUAAAAUCCUGGUUGGGACGCGACGACAAAACGGACGUCAUUUUGUGAGGAAUCGCAACAGAGGUCAUCUUCCCAGGGACGGUGCCUGUCAAGGGAAUGUGAAAUUUUCUGCCAAUGACUCACAGGGCAGCCAAUGUAGUUGAGAACUUCCCCAUUGGUUUCUGUUUGUAGCUCCAGAUUGAGGAGAACCGCAACCUGGAGCCAUGACUUGCCACUGCACCCCAUCGCUUGAGCCGACUUUCAUAUCUUGCCUGGUGUGUACGUGAUAGCCGUGACCGCAUCCUUUUUCGCCGCGGAGGAUGAAGUCACCGCCGCGCCUUCCUGGAUAUUGCAUUAUCUUACAAAUCCGCGUUCUCACGUAGUGUCAUCUAAUUAGGGGUGAGGUUUUCGCAAGUGGGAUAGUGGUGUAAUAUAAAUUUCCUAUUGGUGAGGCACUGCUUAUGAAUGAGACCCAAGUUUCAUUGGAUGAUGGAAGUAAACACAAUAUUACUCUCUUGCAAUAAGAUUUGGAAUGUGAACUGCAAUGCAUUCUAGAUUCAUUGCUGCAAUGAGAGAUGGUGUUUGGGAUUGGGUAAAGUGUUAUAGUUAGGGAUAGGAUUAUGGGUUGUGAAAGGGAUCAAAUCCAAACCCAAAUAUUGUGAAGCGUUGGAGUGACAUAAAUGUUUUGAAAUUGUUUGUAUUGCAGUAAUUGGAGUGGAAUGGUGGCACAGUGGUGAGCACAUUGCACUAUGAACUCGGUGGCCUGAGUUCAAUUUCCAGCCACCGAUAACGUCAGUGGCGAGUUAUACCUGCACCGGUCGCUCGGCAGCCUCUUCACUAACCCACAUGGUAAGGUACAGUCAGAUAACCUCUAUGACAAAGGCUUGUGGAGGCCUUCAUCCAACAGUGGAUUGAUAAAAAAGUGGAAUAUUACAUUUUAUACAGUGGAGUUGUGUAGUUUGGGGUUAGUGGUGAACUGUUACUGUUAGGCACAGGGAUAAUCGCUUGGCUUAUAGGUAGAGCCGUGGGUGGGCACAAGCCAAACCCCCAAGUCUCAUGACGCACGAUCCCACAAUGAUGAUUAGUUUUUGCGUGUCACGCCACGAUUGUAAACCUGCCUUGGGUCUUUGGCAGUGUCUGCAAGCGGUUUACAGAAUCCGCAUUGUGUUACCGAGGACAUUGUUGAGGGUAGAGUAAUAUUUAUCUGUUUAUUUUGGGACUACCGCCCCCAGUGCUGCAUAGCAAAUGCGCCCCUGUAGAUAACCAGUUCUCCGUGGAAUUAGUGGUGUUACUAAAUCAUUGGCUUAGUUUCCACAGUCAAUUUACCAAGGUGCAUCAUCGCGUUUUACUGAUCUUGUGAUAUCGCGCACAGGAAGAGGAGGUCGUCAUGUGCCCAGACCAUAACGUGAGUCAAAAUUUUAAAUGAAAAUCUGCGAGCAAAUUAAAGUCUUAAUAGAAUCACUGUAUAAAAUGGGGUAUGUGUCACUACUAAGUUGGUCUCCCUUGCGUAAAAAGGUAAUGGAUCUCAUUGGGCACUCGCUACGGUAAUUAUAGGACCUUGGCUUGAAAUUAAAUAAGUAUUUGUGACCCCGGGCACACAGAGCGCUCUACUGUUGUAGAGACCCGUGUGUAUUUAUUAAGUGGUUGUGUGCAGAUAGGAUAGAACGAAUUGGUGCUCUCAGAGCAAAUUGAAGAGAUUUAAACGAGAUAUGUACCAGCGUGGUUAAGACAUUCACGCAAUCGCUGCUGGCCCUGACUUAUGAUGUCAUGUCUCCCCGAUGCGGUUUUCGGGUUGGACCGCGUGUUGUCCGGUACGAUGUCCAACGUUUCGCUGCAUGCCCUGGGAGGUUGUUCAGAAACGGGUUUGAACGGUUGUUCAGGAACGGUUUGUUCCUUGAACACCUUCAAUUCAGUUUCUGUUGAAGCUCUCGGCACGUGGAAUACAAACUUAAAACGCGAAGACACUAACAGACGCAACAGAGAGAUAUUUCGUCAGACUCUCGCAAAAUGACAGUGGCAAUUAUUAUCACGUGACAUUUUUACCCAUUAGAAAAAGAUACACGCUGAAUUUCGGUCAACUCGGGAGAGAUCCGUUGGAUGUUGGACUAAUUCCUUUUUUGAGUAGUUUUGCAAUAAAAAAGAUGUUCUGCAUACACUUUGCAUAUAAUGUCAACACACGAGACUGACUAAUACACCGCACCCCGUAUAUGACAGUUUCACCAGAAGACAAACCACAGGAUUAUCCGUCGCGCUCACACGUUGUUCGUGGAUGUGUUAAUGUUGCCGUCUAACGUCAGCAUUGUCAAUGCAGUUGAAGCUGGAUAUAACCAAACCACCUUUGUAGCAAGGUGGCCUUAUAUCCACAGUAGCGUGUUUGCAUCAGAUGUUGCCAUUCACCCUGAGCGGCAAGGUGGCCCAGUGGUAACCUCGUGGCUCACAGCAUUCCUGGGUUCGAUCCACCGACUCGGGGUGUCUUUCUGUGUGCAGUUGCUAAAUUCUCCCCCGCUCUUCUGCGUAGAAUUCCUCCAGGUUCGCCGGUUUCCUCCUCCCAUAGUUCAAAAAAACACCCCCAUACAAUUUAUUGAACCUAGGAUUGACCAAACAUCCCAAUGCUGAAAAAUGAAAUGGCAAUUUGCUCAAAGUGUGAUGACUGUGCGCACAGCAGUAACAUCGCCUCCUCCUGUAAAAAUGUUGCAAGACCCCUCCUGAAAAGGAUUCCUGAGACUGGAGGCUUUCCCUCGGCAAAUAAAUCGUAGUAACAACAACCUUCCGCCCACCAGCGUGACAAUGUAAAGCGUGUGUUGCUUACAUCAGAACGGAGCAUGUGGUAGGUGUGCUUAUAUCCAGCUUCUGCUUUACGACGAUUUGCUAAGGAGUUAAAAAAAAUCUGCUGUAAGCGCACGAAGGCUGUGUCUGUGGGGGGGGGGGUCUGUGUGUCAUUGUUCGUGGCAGAUGUUGUUGAGUGUGCGGUGAAACUUGAAUGCCCCAAAACGUGUCGUGUGGAAUUUAACGCACAGGGUACAAAAAUCAAUUAAAUCUAUUUAAAAUAUAUCGUAUAUAUAAAAGAAAAAUAGUGACUAUAAUAUAGAGAAAAUACUGGGUUUUAAAUUUGUGCAGAGCGAGUAUAUGUACACGAUUAUAAAUGUUAAUUAAUUAUCUGUGCACUUUUGAUUAGCUAGCGUUCGUGACUUGGGUGAGAUUUUAUUUGAGAGCGGACUACCGGUGCAAUUCAGAGUGAGGCUUAAGGUGCGGCCUUAUGAGUUACUCUUCUCUACCUACUACAGAGAGAGAUGAUCCUUUUGCAUGGAAGGUUACCGACAAAUGUAUAAGUGUGGUUCUUGCUGUCCCCAUUCGUACAAGGUCGCCACAUAUUGGUCAAGGUCUCAGUCCUGCUGUUAAGACUCGGCUUGCCACGAUACCACAGGACAUCAAAUUUCACAAUGUGACGUUUUUCACAAAAUUAUGAAUUCAAAUUUAUUCCCAUGAAUUUGUAAUUGUUUCACAUUUUAUCGUUUUUGUUUCUGUGCUUUGCUGUACUUCUCGUACGAAUAAAGACGACUUAAAUGUUAUUCAACCGCA